AUGAACCUCCCAUCAAGUGACUGGAGCUAUUGGUCUUUAAUAUCAGUUUGUUGCUUGUUUUGGAGAGUGAGUGGAUCAAACCCAUCACUGAAUUCUAGGCCUAAUAUUGUACUCUUCAUGGCAGAUGACCUUGGUAUUGGAGAUUUAGGUUGCUAUGGUAAUAAUACAAUGAGCACUCCUAAUAUUGACAGCCUUGCUAGAGAAGGUGUACAACUCACUCAGCACCUAGCAGCAGCUUCAAUGUGCAGUCCAAGCAGGGCUGCUUUCCUGACUGGCAGAUACCCCAUCAGAUCAGGUAUGAGUUCCUCUUUCAAUAUGAAUCGUGCUCUCCUUUGGCUUGGUGGCUCAGGAGGCCUUCCAACUAAUGAAACCACAUUUGCCAAGCUACUUCAGCAACGUGGUUAUAAGACUGGAUUAAUAGGGAAAUGGCAUCAAGGUUUAAGCUGUGCCUCUAGAAAUGACCACUGUUAUCAUCCACUAAAUCAUGGGUUUGAUUAUUUUUUUGGGAUGCCUUUUUCUCUCUUAAAUGAAUGCCAAUCAACAAAAACUCCAGAGAUACACAGAGCAUUGAGAAUUAAACUCUGGAUUUCCAGUGUAGCUCUUGGCCUUGUCCCUAUCUUACUCCUCAUUCCUAGAUUUGCUGGAUGGUUCAGAAUCCCAUGGACUAUUGUUAUCAUCACUACUCUUGUAGCCAUCUUGUUUUUUACCUCCUGGUAUUCUAGUUAUGGAUUCAUUCGUCGCUGGAAUUGUAUUCUUAUGAGAAACCAUGAGAUAAUUCAACAACCCAUAAAGGAAGAAAAAGUAAAUUCUCUGAUUUUGAAAGAGGCACUUUCAUUUGUUGAAAAGUACAAACGUGGGCCCUUUCUCCUCUUUAUGUCCUUUCUUCAUGUGCACACUCCACUUAUUACUAAAGAGAAGUUUGUUGGACAUAGUAAAUAUGGAUUAUAUGGGGACAAUGUAGAAGAAAUGGAUUGGAUGGUAGGCAAAAUUCUUGAUGUCAUCAACAAGGAAUAUUUGAGAAAUAGCACACUUGUAUAUUUUACUUCUGACCAUGGAGGUCGUUUGGAGUCUCAGGAAGGAGAAUUCCAGCUGGGUGGUUGGAAUGGAAUAUACAAAGGAGGCAGAGGAAUGGGAGGCUGGGAAGGAGGAAUUCGGGUACCAGGAAUAUUUCGAUGGCCAACAAUGAUCCCACCUGGUAGAGUGAUUAAUGAUCCUACAAGUCUCAUGGAUAUUUACCCAACACUUUCUUAUGUUGCUGGAGCAAUAUUGCCACAGGAUAGAGUGAUUGAUGGCAAGAAUCUGAUGCCUUUACUACAAGGUAGAGUUUCCAAAUCAGGACAUGAAUUCCUCUUCCAUUACUGUGGAAUAUAUUUACACACAGUACGGUGGCAUCAAAAAGAUUGUGAUACAGUGUGGAAGGUUCAUUAUGUGACUCCAAAAUUUCAGCCAGAGGAAGGCAGAGCUUGCUAUUGGAGUGGACUUUGUCCAUGUUCAGGGGAUGUCAACUACCAUGAUCCUCCUUUGCUGUUUGAUAUUUCAAGAGACCCUUCUGAAGAUCACCUUCUUACUCCUGAGAAUGAGGGGCUCUAUGAAGCUGUGAUAAAGAAAAUAGAAGUAGCAGUGAAAGACCACCGGCAAACACUGACACCAGUGCCACAGCAAUUCUCAGUAUUCAAUACUAUCUGGAAACCAUGGCUCCAACCUUGCUGUGGGACUUUCCCAUUUUGUGGCUGUGAUAAAGAAGAUGACACAUUGCCUACUGGACUAUAA